AUGGAAAGAUCUAGGCUGUAUAAAAACAAAGAUAAGGACUCUGAGGAACUUCGGAGGCGUCGUACUGAUCAGUCUGUUGAACUUCGCAAAGCUAAGAAGGAUGAACAGCUUCAGAAGCGAAGAAACAUACUGUUGACUGAACUAGAUGAAACCUCACCCUUGAAAGAAAAGCAAAUUGAUACUCCUGAACACGUUAACUACGAUGCAGUUAUCCGUGAUAUGCAAUCAAGUGAUCGAGUCGCUCGAUUCAAAGCAGUUCAGCUCUGUAGAAAAACCCUAUCACGCGCCAAGAACCCUCCAAUAGACGAGUUUUAUAAAAGGGGUGCUGUCGACAUCCUCGGUUCAUCCCUCAGUUCCACUCACGAUGAUCUUGUUUUCGAGGCUGCAUGGGCACUCACAAACAUUGCUUCCGGUGAUAGCUCUCAUACAGCAGCCGUAGUCUCCUCUGGGACUGUCCCAAAACUGGUACGGCUGUUAAGUCAUUCUGCUGUCAAUAUAGCUGAGCAAAGUGUAUGGGCUCUAAGUAAUAUUGCCGGAGAUGGAUCCAAAUUCCGAGAUAUAGUUAUCGAGAGCGGAGUUGUUGAACCAGUGUUAAAACUUCUAGAUCGAGUUUGGAAGCAGCCCACCGUGGUAUCAAAUAUUGCCUGGAUGUUGUCUAAUCUCUGUCGAAACCGAGAUCCCCCUCCGCCACGUGCCGUCAUUAAAAAGCUUCUGCCUUAUCUCAAUCGACUUCUUCAGUAUGAGGGUAAUAAGAAUGUGGUUGUGGAUACUGCAUGGGCUCUUUCAUACGCAAGUGAUGCCGUAAAUGAAUUUAUCGAUGAUAUAAUAGAAAGUGGAUGUGUCCCGUUACUUCUGCGACUGUUGGCAUCAUCAUCGGCGAAUCUCAUUUCUCCCUCUCUCAGGGCCAUUGGUAAUCUUGUCAUCGGUACUGAUGAACAAACACAAGCUAUUCUGGAUGCUGGUUUACUAACUUACAUCCCUGCAUUGCUAAACAAUGAAAAGUCUACUGUGGUCAAAGAAGCCUGUUGGGUAGUGAGUAACAUUACUGCCGGAAGUGUAGAUCAAAUUGACAUGGUUAUAAGUCACAACAUCAUGCCAUGCAUUUUGGAGAUUUUUUACAAGGGUGAAUUCAGAACUCAAAAGGAAGCGUGCUGGGUUAUCAGUAAUUUUAUUAGCGGUGGGACCCCGGCACAAUGUGCAUAUUUGUUGAACCAAAAUGUGUUGAAAGCACUUUGCAAUAUACUUACAGUCUCAGAGUCGAAGGUUGUACUUAUGGUUUUAGAGGGAAUAAAAAAACUCCUAGAGAUUUCUGAUCAGUAUGGGCAAUUAGAACCAGCUUGUAUCGAGUUAGAGACAUGUGGGGGCUUGGAUAAGUUGGAAGAAUUGCAAGACCACACUAACGUUCAAGUCUAUCAAGUUGCUUACGAUUUAAUUGAAAAGUACUUCAAUGAUGCGGAUGAUGAAAACGAGAGCAAAGUCGUGGCUGCUGAUGGCACAGAGAAUAGUGAGACUUUUCCUCCAAGUUCAGAACAAGAAUUCCAGUUUAUUGCUCCCGAUGGAGCUUCAGGACAAGAUGGUGACUUUCAAUUCUAA